AUGGGGCAAGCGCACAGUCGGGGCUGUUGCUCGAAGAGCGAACAGCCCAUUGAUGUCGAGCAAGUUGAGUCACAAGAGUCCGGUUUGCAUUGGCCUUCUCCUCCCGAAUGUGGCGAGAAACAUGAACCCGAUUCAUUAAACGAGCCGGGGUCAAAGAGGGGUGAAGCCGAUCCUGUGCGAGAUGCUCGGAGUUUUCAAUCCGACCUGGCUGUUGAUCUCACGCAGAGCACCAGGGGGAGUUUUCAAGGGGUGCGUCUGAGAGAAACCAUGCGAUGGGCCGGCAGAGUUUGGCGAUACCGACCAUCUGAGCUAAGCAUGCAACGACGGUCGAAGCUCAGUGGCCUUUCCGAGCAAGUGGAAAACUUCGACAUAUUCUUUUCACACACUUGGGUUACCCCAGGCAGAUGGAAGGUCCUUUCACUAUUAUUUCAAAGAGGAUGGCCUGCCAUGUUGGUCGCCUGGACUGCAGGUGUUCUCCUGGCCUGCACACUUUGCAUGCUCGAUGUUCUUCCCCUAUGGAGCCGCUGGCAGAGUCUCACCAUCGGAUUCACCGAUGACAUUCCCAUCGGAAGUUGGCUGAUGGUUUUUGGCGGCAUGUUUGCAAUGGUCGGGCUCGUAAGCUCACCAUACGCGGCCGGAUGGUCGGACGUGUGCUUUCUCGAUGUUGUAUGCAUCAAUCAGACAGACGAGAGGCAGCUCCAGGAUGGGAUCAACAACAUUGGAUCUUUUCUUCAGGCGUCAUCAGAGCUGCACGUUCUGUGGAGUGGACCAUACCUGUCAAGACUCUGGUGCGUCUUCGAAAUCGCGGCAUAUCGCAAGCUGAACCCAACAGGAAAGAUUGUGAUAUCACCGAUCUAUAUAGAGGGCGUGGUGUGUCAGAUCUACAUGUGCAUGCACUUGUUGAGCAUCACAUUCUGGUAUGCCAGAUGGUCUGCCAGACAAGCUCGACAACAUCCGGCAGAUUCAGAUGGUCCAGGACUUUUCCUGAUCGGGGUCUUGUUGAUGCUAUCUGGCUGUUCUUUCAUUCCGGCUGUGCAUGCGCUGGGAAUGGGCUGCAGGUCUAAACACCAGCUCCUGCGUGACCUAAAGACUUUCAGCUUGGACCAUGUGGAUUGCACAAGCGACUUUGAUCGAAGAGCCAUCCAUGAUGCCAUCAUGCAUUGGUACGGCAGCCUAGAGGUCUUCUCGGACUACGUCCGUGGGCCUUUCUACCAAGAGGUACUGGGUAUUAUCAAGCCAUCCAGCUUGUCGCGCGCAUACAUCUUUCUGAUCAUGACGCCAGUUCUCAGUCUGUGUCUUGAGCCUGUCCUUGCAAUGUGUAAGGCAGAAGCGCCGAUCGAGAGUAUCCUGUACUAUUUCUUGAGCGUUGUGGUGGGGCUGAACCUGCUUUGGCUACCCGCCAGCUUCGUUGCAUUGGAUUUCGUGAGCGAGGGUAUGCUUAAGCCAGACGGCCAUGGCACUUUCAAUGGCUACAUCCACACCUUGAUCACCUUCGGCGUGGUAUUCUUCUUGUUCAUGCUUAGAAGCAUGUGUGCAAUUACUGUCUACUCUCGCAGCCCUUGGCUGGUGUUUUUGUGGCUAAGUUGUGCAGCCGUUUUUGCAGGGCUCAUGUGGCGUACUUGCCGCCGCCGGUAA